GGGUGGCGAGUGCGGAGAAGUUCUGGGCAAAGUCCUGGGAAGCGGAUGCGCUAUCGCAGCGCCUGCGAGCCCGCGAGCCCGCGAGCCCUGCCGGGCCAAGGGACCGCAGCGCAAGGCAAUCAGUUCACAGCGCGGUCUCCAACCCCUCUGUCGGCCCUCGAGUGGCCGUCCCCGCCCGGUCUCCUGCAGCUGGUGAGGGAACUGUCAAACACACGUUUCCGGGGGACGGAAGAAACCGGGUUUGCCUACUCCUGAGUCUGUGGACGAACCUCGGAGCCCUGCUCCGGGGAAGUAGGUGGCCUUCCCGGUUGCAGAGCGCGCAGGACGUUGAAAAUUGGCUGCAAAGUCACCUCCUUCUGAUGGUUGCCAAGACUUUACAUCUUUUCCAUUCAUCUGCUUCUUGAGUCCUAUUGAGAUCAAGUUAAAAAUGAAUUAAUGCCAAGUUCAUAAGAAGGGAUUUCCUCUGGAUCAUCCAAAAUGUUUUCAACACUUACUGGAUAAGAGCUGAGCCCCCUGCCUGUUUGGAAUUUCCAUAGUCUCUGCUCCACUGUCUUCUGAUGGCAUUUUGACUGCAUCGAGGCCACGUGACCCACUGCUCAUGAUGAGUGAUGAGAAGAACCUCGGAGUGUCCCCAAAAUUGGUCUCCCCGUCAAGGAGCCCAAGUAGCUGCUCCUCCAAGCAGGGAAGUCGGCAGGACAGCUGGGAAGUGGUAGAAGGACUGAGGGGAGAGAUGUAUUAUACCCAGGAGCCACCAGUUCAGAAAGGAUUUUUGCUGAAAAAGCGGAAAUGGCCCCUGAAAGGCUGGCACAAGAGAUUCUUCUAUCUGGACAAAGGGAUCUUGAAAUAUGCCAAGAGCCAAGCUGAUAUAGAGAGAGAGAAGCUGCAUGGUUGCAUUGACGUUGGGCUUUCAGUGAUGUCUGUGAAGAAGUCAUCAAAGUGCAUAGAUCUGGACACCGAGGAGCACAUCUAUCAUCUGAAGGUGAAGUCACUGGACAUCUUCGAGGAGUGGGUAUGCAGACUACGCCACCACAGAAUGUACCGGCAGAAUGAAAUCGCCAUGUUUCCCCAAGAAGUCAAUCACUUUUUCCCGGGAUCCACCAUCACAGACCCUGUGGAUGGGGUCUUUGACUCCAUGUCAAGUAAAAAGCGAAGCAGUAUAUCAAAGCAGAAUUCACUUCAGACAGGAAGCAAUUUGUCAUAUGCUUGUGGCGGCGAGGCACGAGUUCCUCUGUGGUUGCAGUCUUCAGAGGACAUGGAGCAAUGCUCAAAAGACCUGGCACACUGUCAUUCCUACCUGCUGGAAAUGAGCCAGCUCCUCCAAAGUAUGGAUGUCCUGCAUCGGACGUAUUCGGCGCCAGCUAUCAACGCCAUCCAGGGUGGAGCUUUUGAAAGUCCCAAAAAGGAGAAAAGAUCACACAGGAGGUGGCGGUCCAGAGCUAUUGGCAAAGAUGCCAAAGGAACACUACAGGUCCCUAAACCUUUUUCUGGCCCACAAAGACUUCACUCUUCCAAUCCUAAUUUGUCAACACUAGACUUUGGAGAAGAGAAAAACUAUUCCGAUGGCUCUGAAACCUCAUCUGAGUUUUCUAAAAUGCAGGAAGAUCUGUGUCAUAUUGCCCAUAAAGUUUACUUCACUUUAAGGUCAGCUUUUAACACCAUAUCAGCGGAGAGAGAGAAACUGAAGCAGCUGAUGGAGCAGGACGUCUCGUCCCCGUCAGCCCAGGUCGUCGGCCUGAAGCACGCCCUGUCGUCCGCCCUAGCACAAAACACAGACCUUAAAGAACGCUUAUGCAGAAUCCAUGCCGAGUCUCUGCUGCUCGACCCCCCGGUGGCUGCCAGGCCGGCGGACAGCCUGGCAGAGGAAAACUCCACAGAUGACAACCGACCUCUGGUCCAUCAGCUUUCCAACGAGAGUCGACUCUCCAUCACUGACUCCCUUUCAGAGUUUUUUGAUGCCCAGGAAGUUCUGUUAUCUCCAAGCUCUUCAGAAAAUGAGGUUUCUGAGGAUGAUUCCUAUGUCAGUGACAUAAGUGAUAACCUUUCCUUGGACAAUCUCAGUAAUGAUUUAGAUAAUGAGAGACAAACUGUGGAGCCGGUUCUCAGAAGUGGUGGGGAAGCCAAGUCCAAAAGAAGAACUUGCUUGCCGGCGCCCUGCCCCAACACCAGCAACAUCAGCGUGUGGAACAUCCUGAGAAAUAACAUCGGGAAGGACCUGUCCAAAGUGGCCAUGCCGGUGGAGCUGAACGAGCCACUGAACACGCUGCAGAGGCUCUGCGAGGAGCUGGAGUACAGCGAGCUCCUGGACAAGGCCGCUCAGCUCCCCGACCCCCUGGAGAGGAUGGUGUACGUGGCAGCCUUCGCCGUGUCGGCCUACGCGUCCAGCUACUUCCGAGCUGGGAGCAAGCCCUUUAACCCGGUUCUCGGAGAAACGUACGAGUGCGUUCGGGAGGACAAGGGCUUCCAGUUCUUCUCAGAGCAGGUCAGCCACCAUCCACCUAUAUCUGCAUGUCACGCGGAGUCGGGAAAUUUUGUUUUCUGGCAAGAUGUGAGAUGGAAAAACAAAUUCUGGGGCAAAUCCCUGGAAAUUGUUCCCAUUGGCACAACCCACGUGACUCUGCCGGUUUUCGGAGAUCACUUUGAGUGGAACAAAGUCACCUCCUGCAUCCAUAACAUCUUAAGCGGGCAGAGGUGGAUUGAACAUUACGGAGAGAUCGUCAUCAAGAACCGGAAUGACGAUUCCUGCCACUGCAAAGUGAAUUUUACCAAGGCGAAGUACUGGAGCACGAACGCCUGUGAGAUCGAAGGCACCGUGUUCGACAGGAGCGGGAAAGCAGUGCGCCGGCUCUUCGGGAAGUGGCACGAGAGCAUCUACUGCGGCGGCGCGUCCUCCACGGCCUGUGUCUGGAGAGCAAAUCCCAUGCCAAAAGGCUACGAGCAGUAUUACGGCUUCACGCAGUUUGCACUAGAAUUAAAUGAACUUGAUCUGUCGUUGAAGACUUUCUUGCCACCUACUGACACUCGAUUUAGGCCAGACCAGAGGUUUCUCGAAGAAGGGAAGUUAGAAGAAGCUGAAAUACAAAAGCAGAGGAUUGAACAGCUACAGAGAGAAAGGCGGCGGGUCUUACAAGAAAAUAACAUGGAACACCAGCCGCGGUUUUUCAGGAAAUCCGAUGAUGAUUCUUGGGUGAGCAAUGGUACCUACUUGGAACUCAGGAAGGAUCUUGGUUUUUCCCAACUGGACCAUCCUGUCUUGUGGUGAAAAAUGAAAACCAACCGAUACAUUCUCGUGAUUCUGCAUUGGCUUCCUGAAGCGACAAACGUGUGUCUGUAUAUUUAGAAAAUGUUAUCUAGAAGGGUCACUUGUGCUUAGCUUGACAUUGUAAGUGUUCAAGUGUUCUGUUUUCUUCAGUAGGGUUCUCUACAAUUUCAAAUGUUAUCAUGAUUGUUUAUAUAAAUGUAGAACACCUUGAUGUUUCUUUUUUAUAUAUGAAGUAUUUAAUAAAAAUGGAAGAGUCAUUGUUAAUGUGUGGGUUGCAAAAGAAGCUUUAACACUAAUUUUCCAAAGGUUAGGAAAAUUCAAAUUGAAUUUAUGCCUUAUGAAAUUAUGUUGCAGAAAAAACAACCCAUUUCUCCUGGGUGCAUUAAGGAGCAAGAAUGCCCAGGAUGCUCACCCAUGAGGAUGCUACCCAGGUUUAAUUCGGUAGCUCGAUCUCUUUUUGCCUCAGACAGCUACUGACUUGGUGGUACAGAGUGAUCCUGCUGGUGCUGGAUUCUGAAGAACAUUGGCAUUUGCAUAUGGGCGGUAGAGAGGGUGGUGUAAGUUUAGUGGAAUGUGUGUUUUCAUACGAGGUGCAUAAGGUACCUUCUUGAAGAGGAAGCCUUUGAGCUCAUCCCUCCCUAUAGUUUUUAUUGCCUUAUGUCAGAAUUAUGCAGGUCAUGGCUCAGAGAAAUUGUCAUUAAUCUGAGAAAAUCCCCCUUCAUUACAUGUCCAAAUGGAAUCCUGGAGCGGCAGUGGGAAAUUUCUCCUUAGAGCUGAAUCCUUGACAAACUCUUCUCUGCUCCCACCACCCCAGCUUCCCUCCCUGUCGGACCACAUCUCUGCUGAGCGUGGAAUGUCCCAGUUUAGUGUAAAACAUCCAGCACACCCCACGCUCCAGCCGUGGCUCUGUAACCAUCUAGCAAAAUAACUGAUUGUUUUAAAAUACUGUUGUGGUAUCUUCUACCUCUGAAUAAGCACUGUAUUUUAGACCUUGUAUAAAAAGUCAGACCAUCUGCCUUAUAGACGCGUGUAGAGAACUGAUGCUCUUGCUUUGUGCUGACCUCUGAUACAGCUUUCGGUGUCUGACCCCUUUCCCGCACUUUCUUCUUACUCACGUCCCUCUCCUGUGAGUUCUGCAGCAGCCCUGAGUUUUGCGGAUGAUAACUGCCGAAAGGGGAAACUCUGUCUUUGUAAAUGUGUCAUUUCAAGUUACAGGAAUGGAAUCUGUGCAGCAGUUCAGUUGCACUACCAAAGCAAUUCCAACUUCUGCCCAGAUUACAUUAAAACCAAAGCCUAAUUUUUAAGCCUUUUACUCUGAUGUCCAUAAUAAUUCUAUGGAGUGUGAAAUAAAGUUGUGUGGUAUAAAAAGAUUGCUCCUGGAAAUAGUUUUUAGAUAUUUAGAUAACUUCAGAGCCUGUGGAAUGCUCUGAAGAACAAAGUAGAAUAAAUACCAGAAAAAGGGACGCGUGCUUUUUCAGUGUUGCACCAAGGAACCAGCUGGGCGGUGUCAGGCUGGCAAAGUGGAGCAGGGUCUGCAAGUGACUAGCGUUUUCCAACAACUCAUCAGAUACUCAUCCGUUCCAUGUCAUCCAGAUGUCAUGAGGAACACAACGCGAACAGCACUUCCAUUUCCAGGCUGUUAAAUGACCCAGUCGGCGUCUUCGGUGGGCACCUCAUUCUUCUCUUUCCAAGCGCGGAUCCAGGCUCUGCCCCCAGACGGGCAGAAGCAGGCUGUCGAUUGCAGGGUGCUCCAGGGGAAACCAAGUCUGGUUCUCACAGAGUGAAGAUAAAUGUAGGAUUUUAGGAAUAUUGACUAUUAAGUAGGUCUGUUCUAGAAAUUGGUUCCAAAAAAAAAAAACAAAAACCCC